AUGCUCUAUGUUCGGUUACCUCCAAGAAUAGUUGAAAAUUCUAGUUUGAACCGCCCACGGCUUUUUUGUUCCGUUUCGCUUCCGUCCACUGUUUUAUUUUCUGUUGCAUGUGAGAGUAUUCCCUUCCUUUUGAUCGUCUCUCUCCCUGGCUCGGUGGGCGCCUGCUACAGAGUCAAAUGGCUGCUCUGGCUUUACUUGGUCGUAAUGUUUCUUCUCAUUCUGCUCUUGUUCUGCUUCACCGUCUUUGCCUUUGUCGUCACCAACAAGGGAGCUGCACAGGUCGUUUCCGAUAGAGGGUACAAAGAAUACAAGCUUGGGGACUACUCAAACUGGCUGCAGAAGAGAACAGAGAAGAGAAGCAAGUGGAACAAAAUUAAGAGCUGCCUUCAGGAUGCCAAAUUAUGCAAAAGCCUUGCCUAAAAUCUCAUUUUGGAGAAUUUGAUUUAUACGUCUAUCAUAGAUUACGAUUAGUUUGGGUGUGAUACGUUUCUGUGCUAAUAACAUGUCAAAUAUGAACUGAACUGAAUAUUGCAAUUUGGCUGCUGCAAGCCUCCAAUGUCGUGUGGCUUUGUGUAUGCGAACGCCACUAGUUGGACUACCACAACAUGCAACUUAACGGAUGUGGAUUGUAGCAGGUGGUGUAAUGAUGAGGAUAAAUUAUGCUAUAGUUGUAACUCAUGCAAGGCAGGUGUGCUGGCAAACUUGAAGCAUGACUGGCGUAUGAUUGCUAUUAUCAAUAUUGUGAUGCUCUUUGCUCUGGUUGUAGUUUAUUCUGUGGGGUGUUGUGAGUUCAGGAACAAUAGGCGUGAUGAGAGAAAUGGGUAUGGAUAUAAGGGGGGAUAUCCUUGAGCUUUAGCUUCAGCCAAGGAGCACAUCGUUGUGCCAUAAAUUGUUUUUAUUUUAGUUUUUCGUUCUUCAGUUCCUCUGUUGUUUCUGCAGAGAGAGGGAUUGACAUCCAUUGUAUUGGGAGCCAUGCUCCAUAUUCAUGUUCAGUGUGGAGCUUUCCAAUGGCACAUAUGGCUUUGUGUUAAAAGUAUUUUAGUUUCUGAGGCUUAUUCU